AUGCUGGCUGAUCCCCUUAGAGAAAAUGAUAACUACAAUCCUGAUUCAAACAUCGAGCAAACUUAAUUUCUAGGGAAUAAAUCUUUUAGAUUUACUUCUAAUAGCCUCGAGAGAGCUUAGGAAUCAUAAUAUAAGAAUUCAUACUAUGAAACAAACCCAAGUCUCUUGUUUACUGGUAAGACCUAAGAGCAACUUAUGAACUUAAGGCCAAGGGAGCAUGAUAAAGAACUUGGUCCUGCAUCAUUUAGAUAUGGUACAAAAACAAGUAUUGAAAGAAUCUAUGAUACUUUAUAAAAAAGGAAUAACUCUUUAAUAGAAUAAAGUGAGAUCUUGGAUAAAAAGAAAAUACGGAAGCUAAAAAAUAAAAUGGAAAAUAAUUAUUCUUCGACCUUAGGAAUAAAUAAUGAACUCAAUAUAACUCAAAGAUCAAAAAUGGUGAAAGGAGAUAUAUUUCCUGAAAUUGUUAAACCUUCUGAUAUAAUACCUUCUCUUCAUUAGAAGACUCAUUUUAAAGCAGCAACAUCGAUAUUUUUGAAUCAUUAAGGCUCUCUUGAGGACAAAGACAAAUCAAUUGAGAAAUUACUAAAUGAUUUUUCAGUUAAAAGAAAUCUCUAAUAAAUAAUAACAUCAGAGGGUCCUUAACUAGCUACUAAUAAAUUGAAUCUAUAGGCUUAAGCGCCUAGAAUAAAGUUCAAGAAUACUAAAACCCCAGAUCCAAUCAGAAAUAGAUCAAACCUGAAUUAAUCUCGAAAUCAAAAUGGUAUAUUGGAAUCAGGAACUUACAAUAUUUAAAAUAGGCACUCUGAUAAGAGUGAGCUCAUUAAAAUGAUAUCUGAUGAGAGUAAGACUAUCAGCUCUAAUAUUGUCACGCAAUAGAUGCUAGUGAAUUGCAAAGUUAUGAGAUCUAAAAACUUCAAUGUUAAUCCACUUAUUGCAAAGUCAAAACUUACUAGCCUAAUUUUACAGAAGCACGCCUAGAGAGAGAUAAACAAGAGUACAGGCUAGAAAUUAGAUACGAGAAACAAUAAUAAAAUACCUUUUGAUAUGAAUAAUACCCUAUUUUGA